CGAGUCGGCGAACGCUUCGGCGCGUUCAAAUCGCGGGCCGGCUUUAGGACCGCGCAGCAUCCAAACCAAGUGACGCAGAGGGCUGCCGUCGAUUUCAUGCAGAAAUGGAGACCCGAAGCUACGUUUUGAGUGUUUGUUUCAUGUAAAUACACCAACUAAAACCAAAGUUAUGAUAAUUUCAAUUCCAUGAAAAAAGUGCGUCAAAAUAUGCGCUCUUUUAUGAGCGCUUUGCAUUUAUUAUAAUAACUUUGUCGUCUUUUGUGAUAAAAAGGAACGGAAAAAAAACGUGUGCUUGUGCUAACCCGGUUCUUCAGGAUGCACACGAGUAUAUAAACAUUCAUUCCCAUGACAACUAGCCAUUGCGAAAGAACGAACGAGAGGAAUUAGUUCAGUUCAUGAGUAGUUUUGGAGAGUUUUUCACGAGUUAGUAUUUCAAUUGUUAGUAUUUCAAGAGUUUUAUUGUCAGCAGUAUCGUUUUUGUGAAGCAAUAUGAGGCGCACACUUCACGUUGAACAAGCCGUCGACUUGUUAUUCCAAAUGAGCGAUGAAGAAACUUUGGAAAGUUCGUCGUCAGACAAUGAGAGUGUCCAGGAUGACUUCGAGGACCCUGAUUUUGUUGCUGAAAACGUGAGUGACGACGACGACGACGAGCAGCCUGGGCCAUCAACAGCCCCCACCCCCACAACAAGCCGACGGAGGCCAUCACAGAGGGGGCGUGGAAGGAAGGAUCAGGCCAAGACCAGGUCAAGAUCUCCAGCCCAGUCAGCAGCACAGCCAGAACAGAGCUCUGAGCCAUGGAAAACAGAGACUGAUCCUGACACUGCCCCACAAGCCAGUAGGUUCAUGCCCCGCAGACCACCAGGAGCCCAGGUGGAUUUGCAUUCAGGGCACACACCAAAGGACCUCUUCCUGCUCUACUUCGCCGCAGAUACAAUGAGGACAAUCUGCAGAAACACCAACAAACAGGCAGCAAGAAAUCAGCAGAAGGGGAGCAAAUAUCAGUGGACUGACGUUGAUGUGGAGGAACUGCACAGAUUUCUGGGUCUCCUCAUCUACACCUCAUUGGUGACUCUGCCUAGUAUCCAGGACUACUGGAAACAAAGCCACAUAUUGUCUGUUUCAUUGCCAGCGAAGGUCAUGCCAAGAGACAGAUUCCGGUCCAUCUCAUGGAACAUCCACCUAAGUGAUCCAGAGGAGGAUGUCAUAAAUGACCAGCGCAAAGGUACACCCCAGCAUGACAAACUGUUCAGGGUCAAACCUCUGAUGGACGACAUUCGCACUGCCUGCCAGGCUCAUUACCAUCCUAAGAAGGAACUGUCAGUCGACGAGAGGAUGGUGGCUACAAAAGCCAAAACUGGCAUGACCCAGUACAUGAAGGACAAGCCUAACAAAUGGGGGAUCAAGCUCUUUGUGUUGGCAGAGUCUAACAAUGGCUACACUCUAAACUUCAACGUGUAUGUUGGGAAAGCACACACACCCAGCGUGCAUGGACUUUCAUAUGAUGCUGUUAUGGACCUCAUUCAGCCAUCACAUCUUGGUACAGGAUACCAUAUUUAUAUGGACAAUUUCAACACCAGCCCAAAACUGUUCCUGAGUUUGGGAAGUAUGAAGUUUGGAGCCUGUGGGACCUACAGAAGCAACAGAAAAGGGUGUCCUAGUGGCAGAGAAAAUGCCCUCACCAGCAAAUCGAAGAGGGGGUCUGUGAGAUGGAUCAGAGAGGAUCGCCUGGUCUUUGUGAAGUGGAUGGAUACGCGGGAGGUGUCGGUGUGCUCCACAAUCCACCCAGCGUUUUCGGGCGAGACAAUCAAGAGGAAGGUGAAGGAAGGACCUGGACGCUGGGUAGCAAAGACAUUCCCUGCCCUACCCCCAUCAUGGCCUACAAUAAGUACAUGGGAGGGGUUGACCUGUCAGACCAGCUUCUCCAGUAUUACUCAACCCAUCGCAGAACUGCUCGCUGUGAUGCCUUUCGGCUUGCGGAAUGCUCCAGCCACCUUCCAGAGGCUGAUGAAUCGGGUGGUCUCAGGUCUGGAAGGGUGUGCCGUGUAUUUGGAUGACGUGGUCAUAUACUCAGACUCUUGGGAGGAGCAUGUCUGUAGAGUGCAAGCCCUGUUCGAAAGACUGGUGUGGGCCAGGUUGACUAUCAAUUUGGCGAAGUAUGAGUUUGCUAAAGGUACAGUCACAUACCUAGGCAAGGUUGUGGGUCAGGGUGUUGUCUGUCCCGUGGAAGCCAAGGUUCAGGCUGUGAAGCAGUUCCCACAGCCCUCCACAAAGAAAGAACUGAUGCGCUUCCUGGUACCAGGGCUGCUGAGUUUGAGGACGGACAGUCAGCUAGGGGACACAGGGCUACUGCUAGAAGCCGGGACUGUGCAGGGGCGGUUCCUCCUGCAGGCAGAGGAGGGUCGUUAG